UCUUAAACCCUCCCUCCUCGCUCUCUCUUCGUCCGUGUAUAAAAUGGGUCCUCCUCGUGAGACCCCUCUCAUCGUCUUCAACUCUUUUGCCUCCCUCCAUCUCCACCCCGCUCAUUGCCCGCGUCGCGCCCAGGUGCCUCGCGCGCGGCUCCCGCGGCCGUGAGGACGGUCGGCUCGCCGACCGCCGGAACGUUCGGGCUCCUGCCGUCGAGUGGUUCCAGCAGAAGAUGGCCAACGCAGCUACUAAGCAUGCCUUCAAGAAUAUUUUGGCGAGCCUCCCUAAACCUGGCGGUGGUGAAUAUGGGAAGUUCUACAGCCUUCCUGCACUAAAUGAUCCGAGGAUCGAUAAGCUUCCCUACUCUAUCCGCAUUCUUCUAGAGUCAGCUAUCCGCAAUUGUGAUAACUUGCAAGUUACAAAGAAUGAUGUCGAGAAAAUCAUCGAUUGGGAGAUCACAUCUCCAAAGCUGGCUGAGAUACCAUUCAAGCCAGCAAGAUGUCUUCUAAUGGACAACACUGGAGUCCCAGCGGUUGUAGACCUUGCAGCUAUGCGUGAUGUGAUGGAAAAGUUUAGCAGUGAUCCCUACAAGAUCAAUCCAUUGAUUCCAGUAGAUACUGUUAUUGACCAUGCGGUGCGCGUGGAUGUAGCAAGGUCGCAUGAUGCAUUGGAUAAAAAUAUGGAGCUCGAGUUUGACCGCAACAAAGAAAGGUUUGGUUUCCUUAAAUGGGCAUCUACUGCUUUCCACAAUAUGCAGGUUUUCCCUCCUGGUUCUGGUACUGUACACCAGGUCAAUAUUGAGUAUCUUGCCCGAGUUGUCUUCAACACAGAUGGCAUUAUGUACCCUGACAGCGUGGUUGGCACUGACUCACACACCACUAUGAGUAAUGCUCUGGGUGUUGCUGGUUGGGGAGUCGGCGGUAUUGAAGCAGUUGUUGCAAUGCUUGGGCAGCCAAUGGGCAUGGUUUUACCUGGUGUGGUUGGGUUCAAGCUGACUGGAAAGUUACGGGAUGGUGUCACUGCUACUGACCUUGUUCUUACUAUUACCCAAAUGCUAAGGAAGCAUGGUGCUGUUGGCAAAUUUGUUGAAUUUUAUGGUGUGGGUGUGGGUGAGCUGUCUUUGCCUACCAGGGCCACAAUCGCCAACAUGUCUCCAGAAUAUGGAGCUACCAUGGCCUUCUUCCCUGUAGACCAAGUGGCAUUAGAUUAUCUCAAAUUGACAGGCCGAAGCGAUGAAACUGUGUCAAUGAUUGAAGCAUAUCUCCGAGCUAACAAGAUGUUUGUGGAGUGCCAUGAGCCUCAUACAGAACGAGUUUAUUCUUCAUAUCUUGAGCUGGACCUUAAUGAGGUGGAGCCUUGCGUUUCAGGCCCGAAGAGGCCUCAUGACCGUGUCCCUUUGAAGGAAAUGAAAUCAGAUUGGCAUGCUUGCCUGGACAACGAAGUUGGUUUCAAGGGUUUUGCAGUGCCAAAGGAACACCAGGGUAAAGUUGUGAAAUUUGACUUCCAUGGACAACCUGCUGAAAUCAAGCAUGGCAGUGUUGUUCUUGCAGCAAUAUGUAGUUCCACGAACACAUCAAAUCCUAGCGUUAUUAUUGGUGCUGGCCUUGUGGCAAAGAAAGCCUGCGAAUUGGGCCUUGAGGUGAAGCCAUGGGUAAAGACAAGCCUUACCCCUGGAUCCGUGGUUGCCCGUGAAUACUUGAAACAUAGUGGCCUUCAAGAUUAUUUGAAUCACCAAGGGUUCCAUCUUGCUGCAUUCGGUUGCGCCACUUGCGUCGGCAACUCAGGGGACCUUGAUGAAUCUGUAUCAGCUGCCAUCACAGAAAAUGAUAUUGUCGUUGCUGGUGUGCUGUCGGCCAACCGUAACUUUGAGGGUCGCGUGCACCCUUUGACUCGGGCCAACUACCUCGCCUCGCCGCCUCUGGUUGUUGCCUAUGCUCUUGCUGGCACUGUUGACAUUGAUUUUGAAAAAGAACCCAUUGGAGUCGGAAAGGAUGGAAAGGAAGUUUACUUCAGGGAUAUAUGGCCCACAACCGAAGAAAUCGAACAGGUUGUCAAAUCCAGCGUGCUGCCUCACAUGUUCACGCAAACGUACGAGUCCAUCAUGAAAUGCAACCAGAGGUGGAAUGAGCUCUCGGUUCCGGAGACGGCGCUCUACCCAUGGGACCCGAGCUCCACCUACAUUCGCAACCCCCCCUACUUCGAGGGCAUGGCCAUGUCCCUGCCCGGCGCCCCCACGGUGAAGGACGCCUACUGCCUGCUCAACCUCGGGGACUCCAUCACCACGGACCACAUCUCGUAUUCGGGGAGCAUCCCCGACGGCAGCCCCGCCGCCGAGUAUCUGCGCGCGUGCGGCGUGGAUCGAAAGAAGUUUAGCUCGUACGGCGGCCGGCGUGGCAACAAUGAGGUGGUGGUGAGAGGAGCGUUUGCAAACAUGAGGAUUGUGAACAAGCUCAUGGAUGGAAAGGUUGGACCCAGGACAAUCCAUGUCCCUACCGGGGAGGAGUUCUUUGUCUUCGAUGCAGCCAUGAAAUACAAGUCCGAGGGUCAUGAUACGAUCAUUAUUGCUGGUGCUGAGUAUGGGAGUGGCAGCUCUCGUGACUCUGCUGCCAAGGGACCAAUGCUCCUGGGUGUCAAGGCAGUUGUUGCUAAGAGCUUCGAGCGUAUCCACCGAAGCAACUUGGUGGGGAUGGGAGUCAUUCCUCUCUGCUUCAAAGCUGGCGAGGAUGCUGAUUCUCUCGGACUUACUGGGCACGAGCGCUACACCAUCCACCUCCCUACCAGCAUCAGCGAGAUCCGUCCUGGCCAGGACGUAACUGUAACGACCGACGACAGGAGAUCAUUCACUUGCACUCUUCGCUUGGACACAGAGUUUUGUUGUCGUUCAGGUGGAGCUGGCAUAUUUCAAUCAUGGACGCGUGAUCCGCUACUUGGCAGUACAAGGGCAUGGAUUUUUUUUAUAUCAAUCAAUUUAUGUCUAUUCAUGAUUCUUUGGUUCCAUGAUAUCUUCCGGUCUUCCUGAUGGCACUUUGCUAUGUAAACAAUAUCAUCGUACUUGUGUAUUUCUAAAUGAAUAAUAUAUAUGUUGUCUUGAACAUUUGCUACUGGCACUUCUAAUAGAAAUUCUUGCACUUUUGUACAA